CGGAGCUGUGGGAACUUGGAUGACAACCAGCUGAGCCAACAGAGUGGCGGCGGGAAAUCUGGCCAACCUGUGUCCUCAGGUGGCGGGGCCCAGCAUUUUUUUUUCCCUAAGAAAACCCCCAAAAUGUAAACCUAGGUACAUCGCUAUAACCAGAACCUCCUCUUCUCUCUUCCCCCACCCGACAAGCAAAUCUGGUGAACAGCUGGUGAAGAUAUGGAAUUCUAAACUCUAAGAGAUCUUUUUGAAGAGAAGUUGUGCCUUAUGUGGAGUUUACUUGGGCCUCUUGACGGAAAAAAGCUAAUCUGAAAAUCAGGUGUCGGCCUCAGUGCUCCAAGCCCCUCCCGCAGAAUGUGUAAGCUGCGGGGCGGAGCCUGAGGCUGAGCGCUCUCCAGUGACUUUGGCAGGAGGAAGGACGCGGUGCUGGACUGAAAGCUUCCGGAGUCUACAGAUGGAUUUUAAAAUUGAACACACUUGGGAUGGUUUCCCAGUGAAGCAUGAGCCAGUGUUUGUCAGGCUGAAUCCAGGUGACGGAGGAGUGAUGAUGGAAGUUAGUGCGCCAUUUUUCAAUGAUCCGCCAGCCCCACCUGGAGAACCAGGAAAGCCUUUCAAUGAACUAUGGGAUUAUGAAGUUGUCGAAGCAUUUUUCUUGAAUGACAUAACUGAACAGUAUUUAGAAGUUGAACUUUGCCCUCAUGGACAACAUUUGGUGCUUUUACUCUCUGGAAGAAGAAAUGUGUGGAAACAAGAACUUGCUCUAUCAUUCAAAGUGUCCAAAGGAGAGACAAAAUGGGAAGGCAGAGCUUAUCUCCCUUGGAGUUAUUUUCCACCAAAUGUGACAAAAUUCAAUUCAUUUGCAAUUCAUGGGUCAAAAGAUAAAAGAAGCUAUGAAGCUCUUUACCCUGUACCUCAACAUGAACUGCAACAAGGACAAAAACCUGAUUUCCAUCGUCUGGAAUACUUCAACCUUUUCAGUUUUAACACACUGCUUGGAGAAGAAUGGAAACAACCAGAAUCAGACCUGUGGCUCAUAGAGAAACCUGAUGUUUAGCAGAGUAUAGUAGAGGACCAUAUCAAUCAUUUCUUCUCUAUACCUUUUAAGAGCUUCAAGUCGUCUAGUACAUUAUCUAUGCACUUCUGCACUGAACUUGGUCCUUCUCCAGCAUUCUCAGCUUAGAGAUUAUCAGUCUUACAGAAGAAUCUAGGUACAGACACCUAAUUGCCUACCCAACAACAUACUGUCUCCUCUUCUUCUUUUUCACUAACAGAACUUGAAUUUUUAUGGACUCUGUUCAAAAACUACAUUUUCCCAGAAUCUUUUGCAGAUAGAAACAAUCCUAUAAAACAUUUCAUGUCAUUGAGAUAUAUGUAUACAGUGUUUGGUGAGGCUUCAAGAAAAGAUGCUUUAAAAAUGAGAGACUCAGCUGCCAUACACCUUUUGUCCUUUGCUCUCCCCAUUCCUUUGUCCUGAAAUGCAGAAUGAAUAGCUGAAGUAACACACUAAUUACAUUGUGUCAAUGAGGAGCCAACCCAAGGAAGGCUGAGUAGAAGGACAAAGAAACUGGAUUCCAAGUAGCACAAUAGAGUAAUCUAUUUGGACUGCCUGCCUACAGACUUCUGUAUACAGGAGAAAAUAAACUGCCUAAUUGGUUUCCCCAAAGUGAUAUAUAGAUUCAAUGCAUCCCAGUUAAAAAUCCUAGAAGGCUUCUUUUGGGUAGAAUUGACAAGCUGGAAAUGCAAAGGACCUCAAAUAGCCAAAACAAUUUUGAAAAAGAACCAAGUUGGAAGACUUCCACCAUCUGAUUUAAAGACUUUUUACUAAACUUCAGUAAUGAAGACAAUAUGAACUUGGCAUAAAUUUAGACAAAUAUAUCAAUGGGACAGAAUAGAGAAACCAGAAAGAGAACUAUACAGUCAAUUGAUUUUUGACAAAGGUUCCAAUAUAUCUAAAAGGAAUAGGAUAAUCUUUUUGACAAAUGGUGUUGAAAUAACUGGAAAAACAUGAAAAAAAGAAAAAAAUGAACCUUGACUUCUACCCAACACCAUACAGAAAAAUUAACCUAAAGGUGACUUGUGAAAUAAAUUUCCAGGAGAAAGUCUUCACAAUUUGGAGGAGACUAAUUUCAAAUAGGAUAUAAAAAGCACUAAUUAAAAAGGGGAAAAAAAUUGAUAAAUUGGACUUCAUCAAAAUUAAAAGCUUUUCUUCAUCAAAAUCCUCCAUUAAGAAUGUGAAAAUGGAAGCCACAAAUUGGGAUAAAAUAUUCAAAAUACACAUAUUUGACAGAGGACUCUUACCCAUUUUAUAUAAAGAAGUGCAACUUAGUAAUAAAAAGACCUGCCAGUUAAGGAGCAAAAGACUUGAACAGAUGCUGUACAGCGGAAAAUAUACAAAAGGUCAAGAAGAAUAUAAAAAGGCUCUCAACCUCAAUUAUCAUCAAAGAAAUGUGACUUAAAACCACAGCAAGAUACCACUAAAUGACUAAAAUUGCAGAAUGCAUGCCAUGGCUAACUGGCUAGCAUUGGAAAACAACUAUCAAUACCAAGCAUUGAUGAGAACAUGGAGGAACUUUCACAUGAUGGGUAGGAAUGUAAAAUGUUAUAACUAUGGAACUAUUUGACUGUAUUGAGUAAAGUUAAAUACACCUACCCUGUGUUUCAGCAGUUUCACUCUUAGGUGUACUCAAGAGAAAUAAAUGUUCAUAGCAGCUUGAUUCCUAACAGCGGAAAAUUGUAAACUAUCAAAUUUCCACCCACCAGAGAAUGGAUAAUGUGAUCUAGUCAGACAAUGGAAUACUACUUAUCCAAAAGAAUGGCCUAUUGAUACAUGCAACCACUGAGAUGAACCUCAAAAGCAUUGGCGCUGAGCAAAAUAAACACGAUACAACAUACUGUGUAAUUAUUUAUAUGAAGGUCAUUAAAGGCCAGUCUAGGCUAUGGUGAGUCAUGCAACUGCUCUGUGUAAGGACAGGGCAUUCAAAUCAUCUGGAAAAGGGACACGAGGGAAUUUUCUGGGGUGGUUGAAAGUUUUAUGUCUUUAUCUGGAUGAUGGUCUAUACCUGCAUACUUUUGUCAACAUUGCUUGAGCUGUAUAUAUUUUAAGGUUUUUGAUUUCACUUAUGUAAA